GCCGCCGAGAAGUAGUAGGCCUCGGAGCGCUCCAUUGCAGCAGCGGGAGCAGAGAGAGAGAGAGAGAGAACGCAACCCUCCCGGGCGGCGCCGCUCAGCCGACGAAGCCAACCCGGCGAGUCGGCGCCGCGGCCCUCGGGAGGCGCUGUCGGCUCGGCGGCAAGAGCGGGCUGGCCUGGCUGGUGAGCUGGAGCCGGUCGGCAUUUUAUUUCCUGGAGGCGGGUAGAGCCGAGUUCAACCGGACCCAAACUCGGUGGGGCUUUCGAAAGGGGAAGCCUGCCAGUAACGAGAGCGAAAGCAGAGUCCCUGGGCCUCGCAUUCCCGUUCUUUUCCCCCGUGGCUUCUGUUCUCAUAAAAAAUUGUGAGAAUCGCUGUUCCUCAGAAAACUCAUCCCAUACCCUUUGAGGCUCAUUGAUUUCAGUGAGUCCGUUGUCUGGCUGAUCCAAAGAAGCCUACUGUUUUGUUACAAGAUGCAGUGUUCGAGGCAUCGAUUGGAACUAUUUCCUGACUGUCUUGUUACCCUUAUCCUAUUUAAAGAUGUGAAGAACGCUGCCAUUCUAAGAAAAAAAGCAAUGGAUGGUACUAUUGAUGGAGCAUUAAUUAAUCCUGCAAUGAUUGUUGAUCCAUUUCAGAUACUUGUGGCAACAAAUAAAGCAGUUCAUCUCUACAAGAUUGGUAAAAUGAAGACCAGAACCCUUAAUGCAGAAAUAAUAUUCAACCUGUCACCAGCCAACAAUAUAUCAGAUGCUUUCAGAAGGUUUGGCAUAUCAGACAGUGACACUGCAGUUCUCAUUGUUCUGAUUGAAGACCAAGAGAAAACUGUGAAUCUGGAAGAUCUAAUAAGUCAGGUUGAAGGCCAGCAAAUCUCUCUAGCAGAUCUCCCAAAACUAACAGACCUACAAAAAGUUCAAAAGAUGUACAAGCUUACUCCACAAGAAGAAAAAAUAGGUACAUUGCUGGAUGGCAUCAUUUGUAGAAUGGCGACAAAAGAUGUUUCAUAGAAAUAAAAAUUGAACAGUUGCAGGUUGUUUCUGGGGGAAAAAAGUUUAUCUUAUAUCUUCUAUGUGGUUGAUCCACUGUGGUGAAUUUCAAUAUUUUAUUUGCAAAUGGAACAUGACACUAUUUUAAUACAGGAAAUGGAAAUAAUAUUUGAAUAUUGCAUUUUUGCAUUUUUAUUCACUGUAUUUAUAUUUUCCCACUAUGCCACUAUACUAAAGAUGGCUUACAGUUUAAAAUACUAAAAAGUAAAUAAUAAAAUAAAGCAAAAACAAACAAACGUGCAGAACUUUCUUAGGCUAUUAUUGGUCUGUUUAUGUGCUGGUGCUCUGGUCUCCCUUUCUUGAACUUCUGCCUCCCAUCAGAAGGUUCAUAGAAGUAUUAAGCAUCCUUUGGAAACUGGUAGGCAGGCUCUCCCAGCCAGAUUCUCUUAAAAGCAGGUUCUGAAUCUACAAUAUUGAUAGUUAGCAAAUCACCAUCAACCUGCAGAUCAACUUGUAGGGUAAGACAUUCAAAAUACUUGCAACAAGGUUGAUUCCAAGGCUACAACCCUGAACACACUUAUUUCAGAAUAUGUCUCAAACUCAGAGAUUUGCUUCUGAAUAGAUAUACAGUAUAGGAUUGUGCUCUAAUCUUGACAGCAAUACAGUCCAACUGUUCUUUUCCUAUAAUAAUCGUGGUUUGUGCUGACAUCAUACGUGCUGCACAUUUAAGAUGAAAACCAUAAAGAACAGAAACCUAUAUUUGGCUUUGAAAAUGAGUGCAUUGAUAUUUAAAUCUUAAUCUAGAAAAUACUUUUUAAAGCAUGUUCCUUAACUCGACAUGGAAUUGUGCUCGGUCUUUAAAAUAUAGCCAUACACCUACUUUAGAAAGCUUAUUAGCUUUCCUUUAAGCCCUUUUGUUUGCCUUGCUAGGUAAAAAAGACAAAUAUGUAGUGACAGAAAGAAUCUUUGCAGAUUAGAACACUGUGCCAAAACUUAUGAGAAGGGUUGAAAGGGGUUAGCAAAAAUGAUAACAUCAAUAGCUGAGUUGUUUCUGGUGGCCAUCUUUUAAGACAAUGUGUCUGAGCAAUGUGAUCGGUAGACAUAAGAUAAAAUCUAGAGUUAGAAGUGGAAAGAACCAAAGCUUCUGAAACAGAACAGCUUUAGCAAGCAUUAUGAUGGAAAAUUUAACUCUUGUUUUCAUUGCCUGACAAAGCAAAUGGCACAUGGAAUAUAUCAUCCAGUUUGCUGGCUGAAAUGGGGAGACUAUUUUUGGUAUUGUGGACGAACGGCAAAGCAGGUACGUUGAAGUCAUAUCCUUUUUUGAACAUGUGUGAAAAAUCACUCGAGUCCAGUUAACAUAAACAGAAGGGCUCGUAAAACCAUCGCUACCCAACAGCGAUACACACAGCUUGAACUUCGGCUUUCUCAUUUUCGUCAAUUGAGCCCCAGAGGUGAAGUGCAUAAACAGUGUUACAGGGUUUGUGUAAAUGUUUUUUUUUACUUAGCCCUUUAAAUAAUGCUCCAGGUAUGCUUAUCUUGUGUGUAUUCAAAAUUCACUCUGUGAAACAUGUUUGUCCUUUGAGAAGGCAAGCAAGAAUUGCUUUAAAGCUCAGGUGUAUCGGAUUUUCAAACUAUAUAGUGUUUUCAAAUUAUGUAUGUUGAUUUUUUAGACUAUGUAAUUUCAAGGAAUGGUUUCCCUGAUGACUCGUCUACUGAGCAACACCUGGUUAAUGGUAAUAAAUCUUAAACAGACCCUUAGCUGGUGUUUUAGGCAUACAUUCAUUGUGAGGCAUCAAACAACCUGUUGCUCCAGAUCACUGGAGCAAACUAGAAGGUAUCGAACACUUCUCCCCUGCAUAGGCCAGCAUUAGGUAUGGGCAAGUUAUUUGUCACCGAAGAUCAUCCACACACCCAUACUGUUAGGAUGUGGCAACCAAUCACUUUAGAGCGCAGAAGCAGCCUGUCACCCAUUUCCUCCUGAGCUCCUUGGAUCCUCCCCCUCUACUGAAGGAUGACGCUAUGUGCCCAUAUGGCCUUUCCUCCACCUGUAAACCAUACACUCAGAUGAUGUAGAAUGAUGAUACUGUUCUAUCACCUCAUUCUGUCACUAACCAAGUCAAUGCAUCUCAAACCAAUACACUUACCAUUACCAUAUAAAUAGAAAUGGCACACACCACCAGUUUGGCGGGUUUGUGCUGGUUCAUUUAUCGGCCAAACAGGUGU